CAACAAAUCACAGUCAAUCGAUCGAUCGAUCUCUCUCACAAAUUAAAAGACGAUCAAGAUGCAGUCGAUGAAGGAAUCCGCUGCCAAUGUGGCUGCCUCCGCCAAGUCGGGCAUGGAGAAAACCAAAGCCACCAUUCAAGAAAAGAUGGAGAGAAUGGCGGCCCACAAUCCGACGGAGAAGGAGAUGGCAACAGAGAAGAAGCAGGACAGAAUCCAGCAGGCCGAGCAGCACAAGCAGGAGGCCCGCGAGCACAACGCCGCCGCCAAGCAGGCUGCCUCCCACUCCUCCACCGCCACCGGCCAGACCGGCCACCACACCGGCGCCCACCAGAUGUCGGCAAUGCCCGGCCACGGCAGCGGCGCGCCGGCAGCCCAGGUGACGGAGGGGGUCGUCAAGUCCCACCCCAUCGGCACCAACACCGGCACAGCGGCGCGUCCCACCACCGCCCAGAACACCCACGUCGGAGGCUCCAAUACCGCCAGCGGCUACGGCACCGGCGGCGCCUAUACUGGAUAGGAUAGGAUAGGAUUUUAUCUCUACCCUGCUCUCCUCUAUAUCUAAAUCUAAUUACAAAUAGUAAUAGCGAAUGUGUGUAAUAACAUCCUUUCCCUGUUUUAUAUCUUGAAAUUGCAUUCAAUUUACUUGUACCUAAAAAUUAAUAAGAUUUUCCUUCACAUUGAAACAUAUAUAUAUAUAUA